AUCACAGUUCGUGUUGUUGGGUUGUCCUCCCAAUGUAACGAUGGUGGGCAUGAGCGUUCUCAGGUCUGUUGCUGCUUUUGCAGCCAGACUGAGUCCUCUGAAAUCUGGAAAUACUGCGGCUAAUUUACUCACUCGAGCAAUCCCCCGGACAGAUAAAGUGGCAGUCCGUUGGGGUCACGGAAAGAGACUAUUUGUCAUCAAACCUUCAGACUACUAUGACAGGAGAUUUCUGCGCUUAUUGCAAUUUUACAUCUUGCUGACCGGCAUUCCCGUGGCUAUCAUCGUCACAGGUGUGAAUGUCUUCAUCGGUGAGGCAGAGCUGGCUGAAAUUCCUGAGGGCUAUGAACCUGAGCACUGGGAGUACCACAAGCACCCCAUCACCAGGUGGAUUGCACGGAAUGUCUAUGAUUCCCCGGUGAAGGACUACGAAAAGAUGAUGGCUGUGCUCCAAAUUGAAAAGGAAAAAGCAAACAUGAGACAGACACAGCUGGAGGUGCGUCGACACAUGAGGCAGCAAGGAGAUGGCCCCUGGUUCCAAGUGCCGACCGUCAACAAGGAGCUCAUUGACCACAGCCCCAAGUCGUCUCCUGACCAUUAGUCCAGAUGUGUCUGUCAUCAGUACAUUGUGCUGAUCAAUCUCACUGUUUGUACAUUUUCCCCUUAGUGCAUAAAUAAAGUAUCUGUAUGUACUCAA